AUGGAAAUACUGCAGAGGAAUCAGCAGAAAUCCAAGCUAUUUCAAGAACAGAACAGUAGGAUGGUUGGACAGUCCAAGAUCGGAGGUUCACCUCCACAAAUGCGGAAAACUUAAUAUGGAUCAACUAUGUAUUAUCAGGGCAUUAGUAAAUCACGAGAUAUAACUACUAAUGAUUCAAAGCUAAAUUAUUUCUCCUUGGAUAGGUAAAAUCCUUAACUGGUGCCAAUCAAAAUUAAGCUUUUCAAAGAAAGGCACAAAGCUAGAGAAUCCCUAACUGAUUACAAUAGGAUAAAGCUGAGUAAGAUUGAGGAUGAAUCAAUAAACCACAUUCAGCUUCAAGAUCAAAAUAUAGCAGUGAUAAAUAAUAAUAUAGGAGGAGAAAAUGAUUCGUAAGAGUUAUCUCAAAUUUCUACCUCAUAACAUCAAUACUACUAAAACCUGCCGUCCUCUCCUGAAAAAAUCUUUGAGAACUCUGCUAAGACCAAGACCUUUUAUCUGUCAUCAGAGCGAAUGCGUCAAGUUGAAAGCAGUAUCACUCCACAAAGACGUCGUAACAAUGAAGAUAAUGGCUUCUAGAAAAUAAUUUAGAGUGAAUUAAGAUACAAUAAUUUUUCCAAGUAUAAUAACAAUCCAGAUAAUAAUUUAAGACAGUUCCUUUCAAAUCUAAUUGAGAAAAAAGUAAAGCUAAACCUUUCCUAAUUAAGAAAAAGUAGUCGUUUCAAGAUGGAGCAACUUGAGAAGAGUGUGCUGGCUCCAUUAAGCAAGACUGAGAUGAACAACAGUGAGGAUCGGUCUUCAUUGGUAAAAGCAGUAUUGAUAAGGGAAGGGGAGACUACAAUCCCAGCCGCCGAACCUUACUAUGCUUUGAAACCGAAACUGAUCUCAUUGGAGAGAAAGUACCCUGCUAUUUUGGAAUUUUCCUUUUUAAACAACUCUAAUCAGUCCAGCAUCAAUAAUACUUAGAGACUAUCUGAAUCUUAUCACCUUCCUAGCAGAUCCUCUUAACUAGCAUCUCCAAGGAUUAGUAUGGACUAUCAUCAAAACUAAUCAGAGCUGAUUGGCUAACGUAAAAUCCUAGCUAAUCGAAAGGAAUCUUUGAAUCAGACAACAAAGGGCAAAUUUGGAUUAACUAAGUUCCAAAAGAACCUUAUGGGCAAACAAAUGAAGGAUGUAGUCAUAGACAAUUAUAACUAGGGAGUAGUAAAUAGGUCUAUUACUAUAAAACUGCCCAUUUUACAUUAGCGGCACUCUAGUCUAAUGAGAAGGGAAAGCGAUGUUACAAUUAGAUUAUUAAAGUUUAAUAAAAUGGAUGAGAAAGUCAUGAUGAUGUUCAGCAGGAAGAUCGAAUACCUCGUGCAUAAGAGGCAUAGAUCUUUCAGACAUAUAUAAAAUGCAAUAGGCAAGGAUGGUACCUUCUGGCUUAACUGUGUCAAAUUAAAUAAGUCAAGUGUCUCCAAGAUCCUCAUGCAAUAGUUUGGCACUCAGGAAAUGAAAGUCAAAUCUGAACGAUUUUACUAUUUGGGCUUUAGUCUUGGCAAGAUCAUUGAUCUAGGAAAUGUCAUAAAUACUUUGUUUGAAGAAUUCGAUUUAUACACAAAGCAGACUGGCUCAAAUUCACUGGAAAACAAUGCUAUAUUAAGAUCAGUUUUGCCUUAGAAUAUAGAAUCCUUCUCCAAGCUUUAAUACUCUGCAGAGAAGAGGUAUUUAUAGAGUGAGGAGUAUAGAGAGAGUUUGAUCUCUACAGCUGAAUCAAGUGAAAGUAAAUAGCUUGGCCAGUCUCUGAGUCAAUAUGCCUCUUAAAAUAUAAAUGUAAAUGAGGACUUGAAAGGGUCACCUUCAUAACCAGUGAGUUAAAAAAUUAAUCAUCAUCACGAAGAGAUGAAAGUAGACAUGCAAUACAAGAGUGUUCUACCAUUCUAUGAAUAGCAUUAUAACAAUUAUGAAGAAUACAUUAUGAAGACCUCUGCAGCAGGAGGACAUUUCUCAAGUGAGAAUUCUAUUGCUAGUAGGAUUCAUGCUACUAAAAUUGAUCCUAAGACUCCUAACUUCAAGCCUAUUUAACUAGACUACUGUGAAGUUUCAACAUUUCUACUCGAUAUGCUUAUCAUUAUGUACAAUAAGAUGUAUGAUAACCAAUUUGUAAAUCAGCAAAUGCAAGCUCAUGUUGAGAAGAUCGACAAUAUUAUUAUGGUAACUUAUUUAGAAUAAUAAGUACAUUUGUAGAACAAAGUAGUGAAAGUACUGAGUGAAGAUAUCAAUAGAGUUGCCAAGAUAAUUGCAAACAAGUAACUUGCCAAGAUAAAUAAAGCAUUGAAGCUAGACUUCUUGCCUGGGCAAAACGAUCUAAACAGAGUGCCAUCGGAUGAUGAUAUUUUUGACAUUGCAGGACUAGACCUGGAGAGUAAUCUAUAAGACUAGUAGUUACUGAGUCAGGCAGCUAGAAUGCAGAGUGUAGCCAUGAGAUAAAAUAGUGUUAACGAUUAGCUGCAGUCCAUGAAUUCAUAUAGAGGAUCAAAUUACAAUAAUCACUGA